UUAAACAUAUUCAUACCGACAAUGACCUACAGUCUUAUCAGUGAUAGAAUAAAUGUUAACAUAUACAUUACAUCAGUAGAUAGAUAUAAACUGUGACACAUAAAGAAAUGACAAAAAUAUUUUUCAUUGGAAUAUUAUUCGUCAGUGUAAAUCUAAGUGGCAGCACUAAAUGUUUUCUAUGUGACCACGUGCAAUACCCAUAUGCUUGUGAGACGGUGACGACUUGCGGUCCAGAUGAGAUAUGUUUUAUACAAGAAGUGGUUACACAAACGGGAAAUGUUGCUUUUAACUCGGGAUGUAUGCCAAAUACGAGAUGCACCAAUGCGUCAGUGACUUAUGUCGGAAAAAGAUCAGGACAUUCGGUGCGUGAUAGUUACGACGACAUUACAGCGUGCACAGAAUGUUGCCAAGGGGACUACUGCAAUAUGAAGGGAUGCAAUGCACCCGAAAUCCCGACAGAUCAGCGUGGACUCUACUGUUUUGCGUGCGAUAAUGGAAACCCUGAAAACUGUACUAAUGUUAACAUGUGCCAGAAAGGGGAGCUUUGUUUUCUGUACACGUCUGUGGGUAAGACAUACAAAAGUCAAUGUCAAACGCAAGCGCUUUGUGAUUUAUUAUCACAUGGAUUAAGUAAGAUAUGUGAUCCUGUAUGUUGUAAGACGGAUUUCUGUAACGACCAGUGCCGCCAUGCUUAAUUACACAUGGUAAAAAACCAGGACACAGACAGACACAUGGUUUUUCGAUUAUUGUGUACUUGGCUUUAAAAAUGAUGGUUAUAAAUUUCUAAACAUG